AUGAGCAACCAGAUUGAGACCAGCCAAAGCAUUCAGAAUAUAAGAGAGGAUACUAAGGAGUUGAGUGAGAGGUUGGAUAGGAUCAAUGGCAAAGUGGAGAUGAAUGCCAAGAAUCAGGAUAUCAACUUCAAGGAUCUUGAGAGUAGGAUGGCUGCUAUCACUAGGCCCAGGGAGCAAGCAAAGGCCAUUACAACCAGAACAGGUAGAUCCUAUGAUCCUCCUCCUAUGCCUAAUGUUGUUCUUUCAGAUGUGCAGGAUUCAGGGAAUGGAGAUGCUGAUGUUGAUGAGAAGAUUGAAAUGGAGGAUAGUCCAACUGUGAAGAAUCUGGUUAAUCCACCGAAACCGGCUGUGACACCCGAGGCUAAGCCAUACAAACCUAAGGUUCCAUUUCCACAACUGUUCAGAAAGGCGAAGUUGAAGGAACAGUAUGAUAAAUUUGUCAAUAUGAUUAAAAAUUUUCACAUUAAUGUUCCUUUGGUUGAUUUGAUUCAGGGAAUGCCCAACUAUGCCAAGUUUAUCAAAGAACUUGUGACGGAUAAAGGAAAGAUGGAUGAGGUGAGGGCCACUUAUCUUAAUGCCGAGUGUUUUGCUAUCUUGCAGAACCAACAUUUUCCACCUAAGCUUGAGGAUCCAGGGAGUUUCCUUAUCACUUGUUCUAUUCGUUCUUUUACUUGUAAGGCACUUGCCGACUUAGAUGCUAGUAUCAAUUUGAUGCCUUACUCGGUUUGGAGUAAACUGGCUUUGGGAGUAUUGAGACCUACCAGAAUGAGUAUAAGAUUAGCUGACCAUUCUUUUCAGUAUCCCAUUGGGAUUGCUGAAAAUAUGACUGUCUAG